UCAAAUGUGGAAACACUUUUCCAUUCUGUCAAAUACCCUACUCGAUACGAGAUAUAUUGCUAGGGUCAAGGAGACACAGCUACGCAAAACCGAGUCCAUGGGCUGAAAAUAAUCUUCAGCAUGGUAUGUUGAUUUACAGAAUUACUUUACUUGAUUACCAGUGCGAACAAAUCCCGCGGAAUCGAUUCGCUAUUGUUUAUCGAAAUGCAUGGAUAACUGUAGAAUGGAAACUUCCACGCCGCAUUCAGUAUGCAAGCUGGACAUUGAGGUCAACAUAUGUAUGGCUUCGAUCUAAUAUACCUACGUCAUCCUACUCAUUUCCCCUCUCAAUUACACAUAUUCAAAUAUCAUAAAAGAAUAAAAAUCAUGUAAUUGAUUCUGUCUUUGCUAGUGCAAGUUAACCACAAUCUCGGAACCCGCCUCUUAACGCUCUCUGGUCUUGAUAUCGUUGAGAAGAUAUUCUAUUGAUACGAGGCUCUCGUGCUUCACAGCGUGAGUUCCAAUCGGUCCGUGCUUUCACUUGUCAGGCUAUCGUAUAGAGUGGGAAGACACGAACUGCAUAUUCAUGCAUCUUACUGUGUUGCGUAGAGGAGGCGUCUGGAAUGUAUGUAAAGAACAAGGCUAGGUCCUUGUAUAAUCAUGUUCUGUCGUAUUACUCACAAAGAUCGAGACGAAAGUUCAUUCUUGAUUCAACGUUGCUUGAUAUUUUGGUUUGGUAAUGGUGCUGAGGGGCGAAGGUGAGAAGGGGUGAGAUAAGAUGUGAGAACUAUAAAUAUUGGCGUUGGCUCUAUGCUCUGAGCUUUCGAUUAUCCUCAUCAUACAAUUACAACUUAUAUCCAACUACAAUUUUAUUCCACCGCCACUGCGAUUGCCACAUAAUACUACACGGACUCAUACAUCAAUAUCACUAUCAUCAAACAACCAACCCAAACUAUAUCCUUACCUAACUCAAUCAAAAUGCUCUUCACAACCAUUCUCCCCCUCACUCUCCUCACCGCCGUCCUCGCUUCCCCGGUACCCGUCCCUGUCUCUACCUCCCCAAUCUCCACAUGCUCCACCCUCACCACCAAACUCGAUUACUACCAAGGCUACCAAUCCCCAUCCCAAUGCGGUAUCAAUGUUUCCUCAGGUAACAUCACCGCUGGAGUUUGCGUCAAUAUCCUAACUCAAGGUAUCAUGCUUUUUCCGGCCGAUACGGAUUGCACCUAUAGUAUUUGGAAAGGAGUCACCGAUUGUUCAGGUGGUGUUACUCAGACUUUUGAUUUGGGAGUCGCGCAGCAGGGUGUGCAGAGUGUGGGAACUUGUGUUGGAACUGGGGUUAUGGAUGGAGGGAGAUUUUAUCAUGCUAGUGGAUUUUUGAGUUGUGGAUGCAACUAGGCACCUCUAUCUGAAUAUGCAUAGGAUUUGGAAGGCUGCGUCGGAACGGUGGAAUAAGAGAUGCGCUUUUAUGAAUCACAAGCGCAGGAUUGAUUUCGGAUGCAAGGAAUGAUGGGAGUUAUUGAUGUCGGUUAUGAUUGAUGGGCGGAUUUUCGACAUUUCCUUACGCUUGCCUGGGAUGGAUUGAUGGAGUUACAGCUAUAGACAAAAGUGGAUGCUAUGAAUGGAACUUCUUUGCUCGCUUUCAGUAUCCACGAUCGUUUCGUGAAUCAAAUUGCCGUUUUCGUUUAUCUUUUUGUAUUUUAAACCGUUCGAAGCCAAAUCAAGUUGAGUUUGCACACUAUCGCACAUCUUUUCCUUGUGAUUUUUAUGGGCUCCUUCAAUUCUUGUAGCUGUGCAGUUCUACUAAAUAAAGAACCCGUCACAAUUAUUCCGCCUCCACGGCAGUGGUCCCCGGAGGGCCAGC